UAACUAUUCACAAUGUUUUGUAUAUUACUUCUACUCUUCGCUUUAACUACCGAAGUCUUCACAAAGUACUAUUUUCUAGAUCAAAAUUACUAUGACUUAGAUUACGUUGAAUACAUAUUCCAAGAGUAUAUGGAUAAAUAUAACAAGGAAUACGAUGACGACGAAUACGCACAUCGUUUAGAGCUUUUCAAAUACAGAUUGAGCAAAAUCAACGAAUGGAACGAAAAAAAUCCAGGAAUGUAUGGCUUGAACGAGUUCUCAGAUCUUACGAAUGAGGAGUUUUCACAAAUGUAUCUGGGGAUUGAAGGAAAUUUUAGUAGUGAUGCUGUAGAUUUGGAAAUAGAUGAAAUAGGAAGAUCUGGAAUCCCAGAAUUCUUGGAUUGGCGAGACGAGGGUGUAGUUACUCCUGUCAAGAAUCAACACACUUGUGGUUCUUGUUAUGUUUUCAGUGCUGUUGCACACAUUGAAAGUCAAUUUGCGAUGAAGCACCAUUCUAAUCAGGUUAUUCUAUCCGAACAACAGGCUCUUGAUUGUGAUCACUUCGAUUGUGGAUGUACAGGUGGACUACCAAGCAACGUGAUCAUUUCUUUAGCUUUACAAGGAGGUUUAAUGCCACAGCAAAGAUAUACAUACGUUCACGAAAAGUUAAAUUGUAGACUCAAUAAAAGCGAAAUAGUUGUCAAAGUUAACGGGCUCAACUUCGCAGGAUCCCUAAGUGAAGAUAUGCUUAAAUACGCAGUAGCUACUUACGGACCUCUGUCAAUCGCUCUUAACAUCACAGAAGAAUUUCGAGAGUUCAAGUCUAGUAAGGUUUUUACACCUUAUGGCGGCAAAAAUAUGGGAAAGCAUGCAGUAUUAUUAGUGGGAUAUGGAAGAGAUAAUGAUGAAGAUUAUUGGAUCAUCAAGAAUUCCUGGGGACGUAAUUGGUGUGAUAGAGGAUACAUGCGUUUGAGGCGGGGCAUUGGAGCUUGUGAUAUUGGCUCUUACGUUGCUAUGGCCGACACUAUCACCAAGAUGCUUUUAAUAUUAUUCCUUUCAUUGACAUUCACGGCAGAAGUUUGGUCUAAAUAUGAAUUACUGGAGCAAGAUCAUUAUGAUAUCGACAAAAUAUCCACAAUCUUUGACCAAUUUAUCGAAAGAUAUGAGAAGAAAUACUCACCAACAGAAUAUAAUUACCGGUUAGGUGUUUUUAAGGAGACCUUGCUAAAUCUUAAUAAAUGGAACAAAGAAAAUCCUGGAAUGUAUGGAAUAAACGGGUUAUCUGACCUUACAUUUGAAGAAGUAUCUAAAACUUAUAUGGGCUUUAAUAUUAAUUUGGAUACUAAAACAAGUGAAAGAGCACCUGAAUAUCAGAGGAAAGGUUGCGAUGAACCACCUAAAUAUAUAGAUUGGAGAGAUUUUGGCUAUGUUACACCGGUAAAAAGCCAGUUUACUUGCGGCUCUUGUUAUAUUUUUAGUGCUGUUGGGCACAUAGAAGGAAUACACGCCAAAAAGCACAACACAACAGCAAUAAGUUUAUCAGAACAGCAAGUACUGGACUGUGAUCCGUAUGAUGGGGGCUGUUUCGGAGGACUCCCUCACCAAGUCUUCAAGUACUUAAAAGAAAAGGGCUUGAUGCGAGCGGAUGAUUAUCCUUACGAAAACAAGCAAGGAGACUGCAUGAUUGACAAUAGCAAAAUAGCAGUCAAUGUUACGGGUGGCAAACACUUUUUCGAUAUCUCAGAAGAGGAUUUAAAAGACGCAGUAGCAAACCAGGGACCUAUAUCAAUUGGUAUGCUAUUCACGGAAAAAAUGCGUCACAUAACAACUGGAAAAGUUUACAAGCCCGCUGACGAUGACUGCACGGAAAAUUAUAUCAACCACGCUGUUCUCAUAGUUGGAUAUGGAAGAGAUAACGACGACGACUACUGGAUUAUCAAGAACUCCUGGGGCACGCAUUGGGCUGAUAGAGGGUACAUGCGUAUAGUGCGGGGAUCUGAAGCGUGCUAUAUAGGACGGUAUGCUGCUAUGGCUGAAGUCGAUUAAACAGAAUGAAGAUUAGAGAAAAAGGAGUUAGAAUUAAAGAAAAUUCGACAAUUUUGUGUUUUGGAGAUUGUGUCUAUAACUUUGAGUAGAAGUAAAAUAAAAAAGUUUAAAAAUUG